AUGUCUAUUUUACGACAAAAAAUCAAAUCAUUUCUUGAAAACUUUAAAGAAAAAGUACGAGCAAUAAAACUUGAAGGCUAUGCAUUGGCUUACGUUUAUCAAGAUCAACGAACUCCAUGGUAUGCUAAACUAUCAAUUAUGAUAACCCUUGGCUAUUUAUUGAGUCCAAUUGAUCUGAUACCUGAUUUCAUUCCUAUUUUGGGCUAUUUGGAUGAUCUUAUUCUUGUUCCAUUGUUAAUUCUCUUGUCGAUUAAAUUAAUACCAAACAAUAUUUUAAAAGAAUGUCGAGAAAAAGCUCAAAACCAAUUAAAUAGAACAAGACAGCCAAAGGAAACAGCCUGGUGUUAA